CAAAAAACAUAGGACAUACCAUCUAACUCUCCACCUCUUCCUCUAACUCUCUCUCUCUCUCUCAUCUCUCCCUUCUCAUCCCUCUUACAUCUCUCUCUCUCUCAUACACACUCGCUGAAUCACACACACACACACAAACAUUCAUAUGGCUGAGAGCGGUGGUGGGAUCAAGCUAUUUGGAGCAACAAUUGCAGUGCAAGUUAGACAAGCCAAAGAUGAAGGAAACAAAGGAGAAGAACAACAAACGGUAGAAAAAAGGCCAGACAAGAUCAUACCAUGUCCUAGAUGCAAAAGCAUGGAAACCAAGUUUUGUUAUUUCAACAAUUACAAUGUUAACCAGCCAAGACACUUUUGCAAGAAUUGCCAGAGGUAUUGGACGGCUGGCGGGGCCCUUCGAAACGUGCCCGUUGGUGCCGGUCGCCGGAAGUCUAAGCCUCCGGGCCGUGGAUUCGUGGCUGGUUUAUCAGAUGGUUGCAGCUUGUUUGAUGAUGCUUCUGGGGUGCACCAGUUUGAGUUUGAUCAUCAUCAUGGGGUGGUGGAGGAGUGGCACGUGGCAUCAGAGCACGGCGACUUUCAGCACAUUUUUCCGGCGAAGAGGAGGAGGAGCAGUACAUCAUCAAAUAGUCAACCUUGUUCAUCUUCUACUUUGUCUUGUAGUUGAAUUAUCCUCCAAGAAAAUAAGAAAAUGAUAGAAACACAACAAAAAAGGAAAAAAAUAUUUGCUAGUU